UAUCCAUCAGGUGGCCGAUUGCCAGGACUCAUUCAUCUGCUGCUUCUGCACAAACCACUCGCACACCUCCCGGCAGGUCUCCGCCCACCCGGGCUCAUUCAGCAGAUCUGCACCCGACCCGAUAUAUCAGCAGCACCAAGCAUAGCAUACACACAUGACAUGCCCCACUGGACUGGACAUGGUCAAUGUGUUGUGUGUGCACUGCACCUACCAUGGUAUCCGUCAGGUACGAUGUGGAGGUUUUUGUCUCGGCUGCCGCACGCACCGUAGAGCAGGUGUGACCCCGCUGGCUGGGUGAUGCGGUCCGCCUCGCCAUGUAGAAACAACACAGGACACCGCACAUCCUACACAGACAGACAGACACACAGCAGCGUCAGAUCGAUGCGUGCGUGUUGCGCCUCCAUUUGUCUGUGUGGGUGUGUGUGGUGGCGCACGCACCUUUGCCACAUCGAUUGCCGCAUCCGACGCCCGGAGGAACUCAUAAGUCGUCCUGUCCAAACAAGACGCAGCGGCAUGGUCUAUGUGCCGACCACGAUGGGUCCUUUCUUCACCUGAGCGGCACUGGCCCCAGUUCCACCAACGGGUCUUCGAUGUACUGCUCCAAGGCGCAGGGAGUGUGGCACAACGUCGACAGAUCUAAGCACUUGACACCCAACUGAAACACACACACACAAACCACAGAGACACCAACACGGACACACACACGGCUAAUCUGAGUUGCCCUCUCCCCAUCCAUCCAUCCAUCCAUCUCACUGAGGGUGCGAUUGUGUGCAGCACGGCUGCAAAAGGGCCCAGCAGGGGGUGCAUGGGCUUCCGCAGCAUCUCCAGCUCAGCAGGCCCACGAAUUAGGGACCCGAUCAGCACAGCAGACGAAAAUGCUUCCGGCUCCUGCUCAGAACACAAAGCAAAUAUUUCGACUCUCACGCACGCGCCAGCAUACACACACGUGACAUGCCCUAAAUCUCACUUUCGCAAGCACAUGUAUGCCGAUGAGUCCGCCCAUGGAGUGAGCCAGCAGGUGGAAUGGGGGCACAUUUGCCCGCGGCUGCAGCUUGGCUGCACCGCUGUCACCAUCACCAGAGGCCUCGGGAGGGACCACUCCCGGGCACCGGGAUACAUACCGGCUGCGGACUGCACACACGGGAAAGAAGGCAAUCGAUCUGAAGUGUGUCAGGCGGGACUGCGGUAUGUUUACAUACCUGUGUGGACGAGCAGCAGUACGUCCUCUACAAGCCACUCAUAGUUCCAUAAGAGCCCCCGCCGGCCCCACGCACUGUCGGACUGCCCAUGACCCAUGUGGUCCUGCCAUACAGCCAUCCAGCCAUCCAGCCAUGGGCGGACGGACGGACACCAACCAACCAUAGGUGAGGUGAAUGACAGUGUGUAGACAGACGUGAGUGAGUGCCCCUUGAUUGGAUUGAGCCCGGUGGUUUCGGUCUUUCUUUGCCAGCUCGCCCACCCACCAGUGCAAACACGUCGAGUCCCUGCUGCGUGAGAGCCGUAGCAACGUGCUCGUAUCGCCCGCAGUGCUCAGCUACAUACACACACAGACAUGACACACACGCACACACACACACGCGCAAUUAACGAUGCAACCCCUGUCUUACUGCCAGCCUGCCAGCCUGCCUCACUCAGUACCGUAUCCAUGUAUAAUGAAGACGACGCCCUUGGCGAACCCAUCCGACUCACCCACCACCCCCUGGGCUGGCCAGAACCUCGUGUGCAGCCACAAUCCCCUGGGUCGGGAGCCAGCCAAAGAAAGAAGCAUUCAGUCGUGACAGAAAAGAGGUAGAGGUAGGUGCCCAUCACACGUACUCUCUACGCUUCGGUGGGCCAUUUACCUGCUGUUGACGAUGAAGUGAGGCAACAUCGUUCCCGGCACCGUUUGCCGUGAUGACACCUGCCGGUGUUUCCUUCGCUUCCUCCACGCCGCAAACAGCCUCAGGAGCCGCCACACGCCCACAGAUGCGCUGAGUACGAUGAGUAGUUUGCGCCAUAGCGGCCGCCUCGUCGGAUGGAUGAGUGCGACUUCAGAUCUCGGACGUCUGGCUGCAGGGAGCGGAUGGGUCAGGCCGUGUGAUGCUUCUAUCAUUGGUUUUGG